AUGCAAUUUGAUGAAAAUGGAAAAGCUGUUAAACAAUACAUUGGAGAAGGUGAAAAUGGUCCAAUUAAUUCAUACCGUUAUAAUCCAUAUUCUUAUUUCAAUGAAGAAUUAAAUGCUAUUGAAGAGGGACCGGAUGGAUUACCACGAUAUUCUAACCAGUUUGAUGGUCAAUAUGCAAAUAUUAGACCUGAAAUUCCAGCUAUGAAAUUCUUUAAAGUUGCUUUAUUCGAUCCAGUGUUCAAUGAACAGAAAGAAGCAAUGAAAGCAGAAUUUAAACCAAUUCAAGUGGCAAGAAUUUCUUCAUCUUCACUUUCAGAAGCGUUCAAGGAAUUGAUAAAGAAACCACUUUAUUCUCAACAAGGUUAUAACUUUGAUUUAAUUAAAGAAAGUGAUAGACGUAAAUUAGAAAAAUCAGAUGGUUUUAAGAAUGCAUGUAAUGAAAUGAUUAAAGAUAUUGUAAAUGAUAAAAUAAGACUGGAAGAAACUCAAAGCAAUAUCAAUAACAUAAUUGGUGCAGUUACAAAGAAAGUAUAA